CCUCUCGGCGCCGCCGCAGUGCGCGGAACAGCGCUGGUCCUCACAGCCCGUGCACAGGCGGGGCGCGCUCCCGAGCUGGCGUAGUUUCCCAGCGCGGUGCCAGCCCCUCAUCCUCCUCCAGUCUCCCUCCCCUCUCCGACUGCCGCCCCAGGCUCCGCCAUGGGGAAUGUGCCAUCCGCGGUGAAGCACUGCCUCAGCUACCAACAGCUUCUCCGGGAGCAUCUCUGGAUCGGGGAUUCAGUGGCAGGGGCGCUCGACCCCGCGCAGAUUUCUGUUCUAAUAAACCUUCACUGCUUUCAGCCCUAUGUCUGUGGAUUCUCAGUCUCCUUGGCAGGCUCGGUGGCUUGUAUCCACUGGGAAACAUCCCAGUUAUCUGGACUCCCUGAGUUUGUUAAAAUAGUAGAAGUUGGGCCUAGGGAUGGAUUGCAGAAUGAAAAGGUUAUAGUUCCUACAGAUAUAAAAAUUGAAUUUAUCAAUCGACUUUCCCAAACUGGCUUGUCUGUAAUAGAAGUGACUAGCUUUGUGUCUUCCAGAUGGGUACCACAGAUGGCUGAUCACACUGAAGUAAUGAAAGGCAUUCAUCAAUAUCCAGGAGUUCGCUAUCCUGUCCUUACUCCUAAUCUUCAGGGUUUUCACCGUGCUGUUGCUGCGGGAGCUACUGAGAUAUCAGUUUUUGGAGCUGCAUCUGAAUCCUUUAGCAAGAAGAAUAUUAACUGUUCCAUUGAAGAAAGUAUGGGAAAGUUUGAGGAGGUUGUUAAGUCUGCAAGACACAUGAAUAUUCCAGCACGAGGGUAUGUGUCUUGUGCUCUGGGCUGUCCAUAUGAAGGAAUUAUUACACCGCAAAAAGUGACAGAAGUGUCUAAGAGAUUGUACAGCAUGGGUUGUUAUGAGAUCUCUCUAGGAGACACAAUUGGAGUGGGAACUCCAGGAAGUAUGAAAAGAAUGUUGGAAAGUGUGAUGAAAGAAAUCCCACUGGGUGCUCUUGCUGUUCACUGUCAUGACACCUACGGACAAGCCUUAGCAAAUAUCCUUACGGCCCUUCAGAUGGGAAUCAAUGUGGUGGACUCUGCAGUAUCCGGAUUAGGCGGCUGCCCUUAUGCAAAAGGUGCUUCUGGGAAUGUAGCCACUGAGGAUUUGAUAUAUAUGCUUAAUGGCCUAGGGCUCAAUACAGGUGUGAAUCUAUACAAAGUGAUGGAAGCUGGUGACUUCAUUUGCAAAGCUGUGAAUAAAACCACAAACUCUAAAGUAGCACAAGCCUCCUUCCAUGCUUGACUUGAAUGGAUUUAUGACCUACAGUUGAGAAGAUCAAUUUCAGCUACGAUACUCAUCUGAAAAUCAUUAGUGUCAACUUUGAUAUGUGAAGUAAUAGACAAGAGUGGGAAAAAAGAGAUCCUUUUCAAAAAGAUUAUAACUGGAUAGAUUAAGUCAACAAAAAGCAAUAUCAGUCAUCAGGUAAAUUGCAAGCUGAGAAUAAAUAAUAAAACUUGUCAUAUUUUGAACUUUGAAAAAACGUCUCUUUUGCUCUUGUAGAAAUAACUUUUUAAUUUAGAUGGGAAAAUUGAGUUCAUAUUUCCCCAAGUAUCAAAUACUGUGUUAAUGCUUAAUCAGGCAGGCUUAACACAGUGUACAUACUGUCAGUAGUUUAUGAGCUCCUGCAUAGUAUGCAGAGUGUGUGGCCUCAAUAUUAUGCAUUAUGCCUCUGGAUCUCAACUAUUCAUUUGCCAAGUCAGUUAAGUUAUGGACCAAAAGCCAAAUCUCCAUCUGACCCUACAUAAUUUUAGCAAUAGAACUUUUAUAUUUCGAGUAUGGCUAACAUCUGUUAACUAUUUCAGUGACUUUAUCUGAUUCCAACAGGCUGUGGCCAAUGGCAAGAUGCCAUAUCCUGGAAACAUAUUACGACCUCCCAUGUUUGUUACAUGCAUCCAGUUUACCAUACUUUACCUAUCAUCAGUUAUAGUAAAACCCAGCAUGGAGUUACUCAGCUAUUGAGAAACUGUAGGCUAUUAUUUUUGUCCUGAUGUCUAAAUUGCAAUGAUAAUAAUAGGUUGAUACAUAUAUCAUCAUGUACCUUUAUAAUUUUCAGAUCACUUUCAAAUUGCCCAAGGAAAUAUCAUUGUGAUCCUAAGAAUAUUAAGAUAAUUUUUGGUUAAUGAAAUACCUAUUUUCCUUUGAUUCAUGGUGCUUUGAUUACAUCACAUGAUAUUUUGGUGUAUUUUUUAGUGGUUAUUUUAAAAGUUGAAGUGGCUGAAAUGUUGUCUAUUGUCCUAGAAUUGAUUACCAGAAAGUGCAAGAUGUAAUAUAUCAAAGACAGAGAUGAGGAGCAGGAGGACUAUUCAAGAUAAACAUUUCUGUAACCUAUGCAAAUUUUAUGGGGGUAGUAUUAUUACACAUGGAUCUGAAAUGUCAGUUCUAGUAUUUAUAUAGACUUCUCUAAUAAUACCAGGUGAUAUUAUCUUUGAGUAAAUUUGAAUAUAAAUUGAAACAUAAAAAUGAGUGUUGUGAACUUUCUAGGAAAUAUUCAUUAAAACCAUUGAAAUAAAAAUAAAUUCAAGAAAGUAA